UCAAUCAUUGCAGAGCUAUUUAUGAUAUUUUCAGGAAAUACUCCUCCUCUUAAUGGGAACCAAAAUCUAUAGGGAUUACAUAAUAUAAUUGGAUAUACAUUUUUGGGCUUGAUGAUUUUUCAAAUGUUAGGAGGCGUUAUAAUUAAGUUUUGUAUUCAAUCAGUGAACACUUAAACACAUCUAAAAAUAAAAUCCUUAAUGCAUAUUUAUUUGGGAUACACAAUUUAUCUUCUUGGGAAAAUCCAAUUAGGAUUUGGAUAUUAUAUGACUUAUCAAAAUUAGAAAGAAAAUGGGAAAGGCGAUAUAAUAUCUUUUUGGUGUGUGUAUGGGUUUAUUUUUUUGUGGAGAAUCAUUUUUGAAAUGUUUUAUCAAAAUGGAAUGAUAUAUUUAAUACUUAAAAAACAGAAUUAACUACCAAAAGAACACUCUGGAACAUUAUAAGAUUCAUUAUUAAUUUAAUAUAUUGAAUAGAAUGGUAUAUUAUAUUUUUAAUCAAUUAGAAUAAUCACAUAUAUAUAAUGAAUUUCAGAAUAAACUUUGGUUGAUUUUUAAUGAUGAAAUCAUUGAUUUAACAGGAUUUUCACAUCCAGGGGGUUAAUAUAUUUGGGAAAGUGUUAAAGGUAGAGAAGUAUCGAGAUUUAUUUACGGUGGUUGUGGAUUAGAAGAUGGAACAGCCAAAUAGUAUCCUCAUUCUAAAAAUGCUGUUGUAUUAUUGAAAAAUCAUGUAAUUGGAUCAUUAAAUACUAUUAAAUUCACAAUUCCUAUUGAUGAAAAUACUAGUACAUUGUGGAAAUUAGAAACUAUAACAAAAUUAAAUGAUAAAACAAGCUAUUUUGGAUUCACUAAUCCUAAAUAUAAUAUAAUAUCUCAAUUCACAACUAUUCAUUCAUUUGGUAAGUAUUUUCAAAUAUAAUCGAGUUCAUCUAAAAAAACACCAAUUAGACAAUAUACAUGUAUUGCUUCUAUGGCUCCUGAGAAUGUUGCUUAUAGAAAAGAACUUGUUAAAUAUAUUGACUAUAUCUAUACAACAAAAUAGUAAGCCAAAGCUCCUUAAUAGCCAAAAUACUUGAAGGAAUUACCUCUAAUAAUUAAAUAUUAUGAAUCUAAAAAUGGUUUCUCUUAAUAUAUUCAUAAUCAUAAAGAUGAAAUGUAUGAUAUUUAGGGACCUUAUGGACCACCUCAUGGUAUACCAAAUAGUGGCAAAAUUGUUAUUAUUUGUGGAGGAACUGGAAUAUUUCCAUUUUUAGAUUUAUUAGAUUUUCUUCUAAAAACUGUCAUCUACUAAAUUGCCUUAAAUAAGUUUGGGAAGUAAACUGCUGAUAAUUUAAAUCCUUAUGAUUGUUAAUUCAAUCCAAACAUUCAUAUCACGUUAUUUUUUGCUGCUGCUAAUAAAACAGAAUUAAUUGGAUCUGAUAUUUUAUUUCCAAUAAUUUAAUUAUAAAAAUAUUUAGAAAAACCAUUUUUGAGAUUGAUCAUUAAAAUAAAAGAUAAAAUUGAAGGAAUAGAAACUAUUGAAGAGAGAUUUAGUAAAUAAAUGUUUGAUAAAUUUUUGGGGAAAAAUUUGGAUUAUUAAAGAUAUUUGAUUUGUGGACCUCCUCCAAUGUAAGCAUCAGUACCAAUAAUCCUUUAAGAAAUGGGUAUAUAAAACCGAUUCAUCCAUUUCAUCUGA